GCAAAACACGUUCAAGCUGAAGUUUCUUGCCAAACAGUCGUCGCAUUCCCGCUUCGCACGCUAACACGAAGAACCACAUUUUCUUUCUACCGCCAAAGCAUUCGACGGCGUCGACGUGACGCACAUCAUCGACGCAUACGACGACGCAGUUUCAACGUCCGAUCUCGUUCGUUGCGCACACGAACUUGAACUUAUCAAUACGAAUGCACAUUGCCGCAUCAACGAGAUACCGCCGGUAUUCUUUUCUUUUUCUUUUUCUUUCACGCGGUCACGUUACGACGGCACGUAAGGGCACGUCGCGGCUUAAAAUAGACCGAGAAAGAGAGCGAAGGGAGAGAGAGGGAGAAACGACAAGCUGAGAGGCCGCGACCGCGACGACAACAGGUUUAACGCCAAGAGCGCCGAUAAGUGCGGAAAAUUAGCGCCAAGAUUUCACGCAGAACGCUCCGUUGACGCGCAUAUAUCACCGAUAUCGUGAUAUUCAUUCUCUGCCGCCCUGCGAACAGAGAAAUCGAAUUUUCCGCUGGUAGGAGGAAGAGUAAUGCCUGAGCGCGCAAGUCGUUGAUGAGAAACGCGAUAGAUCGCCGCUAAUUAACACUCGCCACCUGUUGAUCAAAGAGUCAUGGAUCUCGUCUACAUGCCGGAAGUGUUUAUCUACGGAUCCUUCAGGAGCCCCCAGUACCGCGAUUACGAGCUGUCCUGGAACAAGGAGUACCUCCACAACAGAAAGUCAAGCCAGACCCAAUGGCAACGAUAUCCUACGGAACAAUCCGAGCAAGUAACAAAAGAGACCUGUCACUUGUGUCGAGAAACGAAAAGGAGGAGUCUAGCGGCUUAUAUAAGAAGUAAAUCACGUAGCGAUUCCAAUCAGGGAAUUCAUGAAGAAGAAGAAGAAGAAGAAGCAGCAGCAGCAAUAGUAAAGGAAGAAGACACAGUAAAUGGUGACAAAAAAGCGGUAAAUACCGAAAGAAAUAAAUCUGCGAAAACAUCCCGCGAUGCGCAGGAACGGAAAUAAUUUCUUCAGUAAAGGGGAGGUAGUUUCUAAGAAACAUAAGGUGUAGGUAUAUAAACAAUGAAGUUGAACUUUAGUCUUAAAUAAUUUAGAUCUUAACUAAUCUUGCGUUUCAUCAGCAUUAGAUCUAUCUCUUUUGUCGAAAAUACAUUUCAGUAAAAAUAAAAGAAGAUAGAGCCUUUUUUUGUAAUUUUACACUAGAAUUGCAUGCGUAACUGUGCUCUUACAGAGAAAUCCAUUCCGUGUUUGUUUCUUAAAAGUAAAUAAUUAUUUUGUAAAUGAAAGUAUUUUCAGAAGUGUGGAUGAAAUAAAU